AGUUGAUAAUUGAUCGGAUCCAGUUUUAGUUAAGUAAACAAGUAAAAGCCUAAAGACAAACAACCAUAGACUUCAGUUCCCUUCAACAUUCUCCCUUUUUCUCAUCGUCCUGAAACUACAGAUUUCAGCUUGCAAAAUAAAAUUAAAAGUUCAGAAAAUGGUUGGAUUGGGAUCCAUUUCCACACCAAUGUGCACCACUUCACCAUUACCUUCUAAACCCAAUCCCAGAAAUAAUUUUCCAGGAAAACUUUCACACCCACUUCUUGGAUUUCACAAAGUUCAUUCUUUGUCUCUGUCAACUCAUUUCUCCCCUCAGAAGAACAAAUUAACUCAAACCCAUUUCACUUUGAAAGCUUCUUCAGGAACUGCAGAUUACACUGAGGAACCCGCAACCAAAGUGAAAUUUCGGACAUCCUUAAGUGUGCCUGAUUGCUCAACCUCAUUGUCUUUGCUUGGAACAGGGUACAGGGAGAAAGUUUUUGCCAUCAUUGGUGUUAAGGUUUAUGCAGCGGGACUAUAUGUCAAUCCAUCCAUCUUAAGUAAAUUGGAUGCCUGGAAGGGACGGUCGGCUGCUCAGAUUCAAGAUGACAUGCCCUUGUUUAAGUCCUUUUUUGAGGAUCCUAUGGAGAAAUCGUUGCAGAUUGUCCUGGUGAGAGAUGUUGACGGUAAAACAUUCUGGGAUGCUUUGGAUGAAGCCAUCUCCCCUAGAAUCAAGGCACCAACUCCGGUUGAUGAAUCUGCCCUUUCCACAUUUCGUGGUAUUUUCCAAGGACGACCACUUAAUAAAGGAACUUCCAUCUUUUUGACUUGGCCCCAUCCUUCCAAAAUGCUUGUUGCUGUCUCAUCAGAUGGAUUGCCAACUAGUAAUGAUGCUACAAUUGAGUCACCAAACGUAGGUUCUGCACUUUUUGAUGUAUUUUUUGGAGAUGCUCCAGUUUCUCCUUCGUUAAAAACAUCAGUUGCCACUGGGCUGGCUACCAUUCUCAAGUAAAUACAAUGAAUUAGUUUCCUCAAGUUUCCUACUUUAAUGAAUAAAAGUCAGAUUUUGUUUAGUUCCACUGAACUUGUAAACACACAUAUACAUUUUUCAUGGUUAUUGAAUAAACAAAGAGUAUCAUGAUGAACAUGUUGCCUGUACAGCAGUUUAUCUUGAUGAUUAGACCAA